AUGUCUCAGGCGUUGGGCGUGCAGAAAUCCGCGCCAGGAUGUGAUGGGAAGUCUGCAAGCAUCGGCCCAGGUCGUUCUUUGAGUCUCCAUGGCUUGGACCAGCCAUCUGCACUCCGGGAGCGAGCCUUGAAGGCAGUCCUCCGGUGGGCUUCCACGAUGGCCCCAGAUAUCGCGUCAACCCUCAGCUACCGGCGCGAUCAGCUGUUGGAGAUUGAGCUUAUCCGGCGAUUUGCAGGUAGCGCUCUGGCAGCUAAGGGAAAGAAAGGACAUGAUUUCAACUUUCUUGACUUCCUUGGUCGCUGCUUCCUCCUCCCAGCAGACGCAGCCCAGCAGCCUGAGAUCGGAAUGGUGCAGGAGUUGCACAGCUGGGGCUUGAAGAGAUUCGGCCCCGCAGCCCGCAGGGCUUUGCAGCAAAGACUGCACGAGUGUUUUCAUGAAGCUCGGUUUCGAUGGAAGUCUGUGUUUGAUGGCUCCAUCGACCAGGGUCUGGUGCACUUGGAGCAUUUAAGGAGCUUGACUGCAGCAGCGGCAUGCGUUGCCAUAUCCGCCGCGUGCCAACGAAUGGCAGCAGACGUUGCAGAAGGUCAAGAGCACCCUCUUGAGCGUGCCCACUUCUGGUCAGUGGCGAGCAUCAGUUGGCUCACACCUUUGGCACGGAAAGCGGUAAACGGCAACCUAGAGGUCCAUGAUGUUUGGAAAGCACCUGCAGGACAAACGGUGGACGCAGCCGUGCAUCGCUUCAAGCUUGCUUGGGAGGUGGAGCAGCAGAGGAAAACGCCAUCGGUCGCCAGGGCCAUGAUUCGCGCGAACGCAGGUCGCGUGGCGGCUUCUGCAUCCCUGCUGCUCCUGUUCAUGAGUGUGCAGUUGGCCCAGCCGCUCCUCAUCCAGAGCUUGGUGAGUUUUCUCAACACGCCUGCGGCCACUCCAGGUGAAGGCUGGCUGAUGGCUUCCCUGAUCUUUACCUCGGCCCUGGCAUCCUCGGUCCUCGUCUCCGAGUUCUUCCGGCACGGCUUUGUCUUGGCAGUCUUGUCGAGGACUGCUGCCAUGAGUGCCAUCUACGAGAAGGCCAUCAACAUGUCUGUGCUGGCACGAUCUGGCGGCUCCACGGGCAAAACCACGAACUUGAUGGCCGUUGACGCUGAGAAAUUCGUGAUGGCCGCCCAAGUCUUUCAUUUUCUUUGGAUCAGCCCGGUGAUGAUGAUAUUCUGUGGCAUUGUCAUGGCCUUCCGCAUCGGCCCCGCAGGAUUUAUCGGUCUCGCGUUCUUAUUCGUCACAGUUCCGGUUCAACACCUCCUCGCGAAGAGGGGAGGCCAGAUUCGCGUCAAAGCCCUGGCCUUCACUGAUGAGCGAAUGAAGUUCGUCACUGAAGUGGUGCAGGGUAUCCGAGUGGCCAAACUGUAUGCAUGGGAAGCUGCCAUUUUCCAAUACGUUGCUUCUGUUAGACGGCGAGAGUGUGCAAAGCUUUGCGCCUCCCUUUUGAUGAAGAUUGCAGUGCGCGAGGGCCUCCUCUUAGUGACGCCAGCAGUUGCCCUGGGGCUGAUACUGGCCGGGAAGAUGUGGCAGGAUGGGGAGCUGGAGCUGUCCGAGGCCAUCAUGAUCCUUGGACUACUGAACACCCUCAGGUUUCCGAUGAACUUGCUCGCGACGUCAUUUGCCGCAACUCAAGACUGCCUCGUAGCAGCAAAGCGAAUCUCCGCGUUUCUCCUGCUUGAAGAGAGUCGUCGGCGUGCUGAAGGUCCCACAAACGACCCAGAGUAUUCAGCCCAUGCCGCUUUUGCCGAGGGGGUUGUGUGUUGCUGGGAUCCCGCCCUGGCGUUUCGCUUGCGGAUCCCUUCUUGUCGGCUGGUUCGCGGCAGCCGAGUCGCCAUCCUGGGUCCGGUUGGCUCUGGCAAGACCUCCUUCCUGUCGAUGCUGCUGGAUGAGAUGCAUCUUCUCCAAGGCAGCAGCUUUCUGGAUGGCCGGGUGGCGUACCUGGCGCAGGUGCCCUGGAUUCAGAAUGCCACCUUGCGAGCAAACAUCCUUUUCGGCCUGCCCAUGGAUGAGGACAUUUACGAUGAAACUCUCGAAGCUGCAGCGCUGCAGACUGACUUAGAAGCCUUAUUGGAUGGAGACCUGACAGACAUCGGAGAGCGGGGGAUCAACCUCUCUGGUGGGCAGAAAGCUCGGGUGGGCUUGGCACGCUGCUUGUAUGCAGCUGCAACAAGAAAUGCUGAUGUUGUCAUCUUGGACUCCCCCUUUUCUGCCUUGGACACGCUGACGGCGCAGACUGUUGUUGAGGGCCUGAUCCGCAUGACCAGUGGUUGCACAUUGGUGUGUGCCGUGUCCUCCCACACUCAUCUCUUGCGGAACUUUGAAAGGAUUCUCAUCAUGAGUGAUGGGGCGAUCCUUGCAGAUGGGUCUCCGGAAGAGCUGCGCCAGCAAGUCGGAAAUCUUCCCCAUGUGGACACUGAGCCGACACAGACCAAGCCAAUCGAAUCUAUGAAGUCGCCGAGCAAGGCCCCAAGAGAAGCAUCUCGGCGUCUGAUGCGAGCAGACACCGUAGCCCAGACCUUCCCACUCACUGCUCUGGGCAAGUGGCUUGGAGGGCCUGGUGGGCGUUCGCAACGGGGUUUGCUAAUCGGUGUACCCAUUUGCCUUAUUUUCUUGGCAGGACAGGGUUGUCGCGUCAUCACCGAUGUGAGCCUCACUGAGUGGGCCGCUGGCCAGUCGGAGUUCUCCACUUCUUUAGUCUUGCUUGCUGUGCUGGUGGUGCUGUUGGUGCUGCGCAUCACCUUUUGUGCACUGGCCAGCUUUCGUGCCGCACGGCUUCUGCACAACGAUAUGCUUUGGCGUCUCCUGAGGGCACCUGUCACAACCUACUUUGACGUCGUCACGACCGGAGAAAUCUGCAAUAAAUUUUCCAAAGAUCUGGAGUUCACAGACACGCAGCUGCCGGAGCUUUUAAGUCAAUUCCUGUCAAACUGUUCGCUGCUCUUUAUCAUCUUCGGGCUGACCAUCUUCGCUGUGCCGUGGUUCGCUGCCAUUCUGUGUUUGCUGUCUAUUGUCUUCGUCCUCGUUACCGUUCAGUCGGGAUAUCUCUUGCGUGCUCUGCAGCGAUUCGAAAGUGCAUCGAAAUCUCCGAUCUACACCUCCUUCUCGGAGACAUUGUCGGGCUUGCAGACAAUCUGUGCUUGGGGACAUCAGGAGCGUUUUCACGAAGCACACACGAGGGUUAUGCGGCACAACCUGCGCUUCUUCCACGCAGCCAGCAUGUCCGACAUUUGGCUCCAGUUUCGCUUGGAACUCUUGACCGUGUUUAUCAUCGGCAGCUUCACCUUCCUGGCUGUCGGUCUCCGAAGUUCCAUAGAUGGCAACACCGUGGGCUUGGCACUUGUCUAUGCGAUACAGAUGACGGCGAUGUUCCAGAGAUGCACGAAGCUGGCAAUCCUUAUUGGGCAGAUGCUGACCGCUUGCGAGCGCGUUCUGAGUUUCGAGAAAGUUCCACAAGAGCCUGAUCUUGUUCAGCCACGGGACAUCAAGCUGCAGGAGUGGCCCCAAGGAUCCAUCGCAUUCGAUGAUGUUUCUGUGCAGUACCGGGAUGGUGACCUGGUCUUGAAGGAUGUUUGCUUUUCCGCCAAUGCGGGUACUCGCGUAGGAAUUUGUGGACGAAGUGGCGCCGGUAAAUCAAGCGUAGUCAUGGCUCUAUUUCGCAUGGUUGACCCGUGUGGAGGCAGAAUCAUGAUCGAUGGCAUUGACAUCGCGACGGUCGGCGUGCACACCCUGCGGCAGAAUCUAGCCAUCAUCCCGCAGGAGCCCAUCGUCUUCAGUGGCUCUUUACGCUCCAACUUGGACCCAUUUCGCCGGGCUUCGGACGACACCGUGCUCACAGGCGCGCUGGAGCAGGUGGGUCUACAGGGUCUUGUGAAGGAGGCGGGCUUGGAGAUGGCGAUUGCCGAACAGGGUGGGAAUCUCUCGCAGGGUCAGCGACAGCUACUGUGCAUUGCCCGGGCUUUUGUCAGGAAGAACCGGAUCAUGGUGCUGGAUGAAGCCACAUCUUCUGUGGAUGAGCAGACAGACGCUCUCAUCAAGAACGUGCUCCAAGCGCACUGGUCCCAAGGUCAUCAAAAGUGUACUGUCCUCACUGUCGCCCACCGCUUGAGCACUAUACUGGAUUAUGACAGGAUUCUGGUGCUGAACAAGGGGGAGGUUGUUGAGUUUGAUGCUCCAGGCGAGCUGCUCUCGCGCCCGGGAGGUCACUUUGCAUUGAUGGAAGGAGAGCAUGCCGGAGAAGUUCACAAAAGCUUCACUCUAGCAGCUGUAACGAUUUUAGCGAGUGGAAGAGCCAGCUCGGAGCUGGUGGUGGCGAAUGGGUACGGCUCUGUUGCUGCGCAGGCCGCCCAAGACAGCCGCAUCAAAUGGAUCGCUCUCGAGAUCAUGCGCGACCGAGCGCACAGCAUACUGCAGAAGGCUGUAUUCCAGGGCCUUCGCAACAUUUCCAUCGUUUGCGGGGAAGCUGCUCAGACCUUGGAGUCGCUAUUUCCAAGCAGCUCUAUCUCCCACAUUUUUAUCAAUUUUCCCGAGCCGCCUUUCGUGUCUGGUGACGAGGCGGCAGAGUCUAGCUUUCACAUGAUGACCGAGCACCUUUUCGUAGAGAUGGAUCGUGUCCUACGGAAUGGAUGCCGCAUCACCAUCCUCUCGGACAAUGCAAGGUACAUGCGGACAGUUGCCAAAACUGUGGCGAGCCUUGCCUCGGCGCAGAGGGUCCGCUUGGCCUCCGCCUCUGCAAAGCAGCUGUGGGGCCAUGGCGAGUGUCCGGAACAUGAGAGCGUUCAUGGCGUGGAGCUCUACCAGGGCUGGCCGGAGGCUUCCUGUGGGCAUGCCGUGAAAGCAAGCUCCUACUUCGACACCCUUUGGGCCAUGGGCAAACGUGUGGAUCGCUUCUACAUGGUCCUGCAAAAGGGGGAGCAAGCCGGAGGAGAUCUUCAGAGCGGCAAGAAGCGCAGCUCCACAAGAGACAGGAAAUCCUGCGUGGCUGCGGCUGCUUCUACCAAUCUGGCAGUAGAGUCACCAAAGCCUUUUGCCUUUUCCGCGCCGCAUUCGCCGAUCUUCGUCAUGUCGGCUACAGCUGCGGAAGAGUUGGUCAAGAAGGCUGAGCAGAAGAUGAAGGGUGGCGGUGGUCUUUGGGGCUAUCUCUCCGGCGGACCCAAGUACGAUGAGGCCAUUGAAAUCUACCAGCAAGCAGCAAACCAGUACAAGAUGGCCAAGAUGUGGCAGGAGGCUGGGAACUGCUUCGUGCAGUGUGCCUUUUGCGCGGAAAAGUCGGGCUCGCAGUCCGACCAGGCCAACUACCUUUCCGAAGCUGGCAACGUGUUGAAAAAGGUCUCCACGCAGCUUGCGGUCGAACAGCUGGAACAGGCUGUAAGCAUCUACAGCGCAGGUGGCCGAUUCCAACAGGCUGGCAAGCUCCUCCUCUCCGUUGCAGAACUGUAUGAGGCGGAGCGCCUGCAGCACAAGGAGUGCAAGGCCUUCUACAAGCGGGCGGCUGAGAUGUUUGAGCUCGCGGACCACUCCGAGUCAAACUUUUCAAAGUGCAACCUCAAGUAUGCGGAGUUCGCCGCUAAGGACGGCGAACUGGAGGAAGCCAUUCGGAUAUUUGAAUCCGAAGGUGAGAAGGCCCUUGGCAAGGCCUUGCUUCAAUUUGGAGCCAAGGAGCACUUCCUGAACGCCGGAAUCCUGCACUUGGUAGGUGGUGACAGUGUCACGGUGAACUUGGCACUGGACAAGUACAGGUCUCUGGAUCCUCGUUUCGCCAGCUCGAGAGAAGGAGAACUGCUGGGCAACUUGGCCCAGGCUUUCGAGGACGGGGACGUCGAUGCCUUCGUGGAAAAGCUGGGUGAUUUUGAUGCAAUCAAGCCACUCGACGCUUGGAAGACGGAGUUCCUUGUCAAGGUCAAGGAACACCUGCAGCCGUCCAACGCAAAUGCUACAGAGGCCUCGUUUCAUAGACUCGAAAAUGCACGUCAGCGUUCUGCAGAAAGCGAUUGGAAGCCGGCCAUCCACUGGACCAAAGUCAUGCAGGAGCUGUCCUUGGUGGAAGGCAACCAACGGCGAGACUUCGCAGACAUUGUUUGGCAAAUAGCAGAACGCAGAGGUUGCAACGAGUUCGUGGUGAGGUACGACUGCGGGCACUCACUCCGAGCCGAAGUCUGGGCUCCUCAUCUUCCCAGCACAAAGGACUAUGGCACCCACGAGGCAGACCGGUCGCGGUACGUGCAGCACUGCUUGCACGUCCUGACUCGCCAUCCCGCAGAACCACAGGUGCAGGUUACCGUGCCAGAAGGCCGGUGUCGGCACUGCCAGCGCGGCCAGCGACAGACUCUGGUAUGUGGACCUGUUCAUACCGAUCUCAGGGAACCAGCAGCACCCGGACUCGUCGCCAAGACCCUGGGGCGUGGUGCGCUGGACGCCUUGACUCGCGCCAAGCGGGUGGAUUUGCCAAUGACCGCCCAUGCCUUCCUGGCCACGAUCGGGCAGGUCUGCAAGAUGCCAGAGACCGCCAACCUCCGCCUUUUGGUAG